AAGAAUCUCACUUCUCACACUCUUCGGCGUAGAUUCAAACCAGGAAGUGAAACGAAAACACGAACUAUCAUCAGCAGAGACGUUUACAAGUUUGCAACCUUGAUGAUUUUGUGUCACUAUGUGAGCGACAGCCUGUCAAACGGCCGGGACUUUGUUUUCAGAUGAUGUGUGGGAGAUGUUCAAACAAGUCGACAACAAGCUGUCAGGCUGCUGCUGCAGCUGAUAUCAUGGCUGUUAUUAUAAGGUCUUAUUAUACAUCCAUGGCUGAUGUCCAGCCGCCGUCCUGCUGCUGCUGCUCAUGUUUCUGCAUGUCAUUCGGUGUCUGACCUACAUGUUUAAUCCACAGGACUGGAUUUGACUCGGAGGGAUUACAGUCAUUUGUAUCGUCAAAUUAUCCUAAACUACGACCGGAAGUUAGUUUUUCCCUUCUACCACAUUGAACAGCAUCUUUCAAUCAAUAUAUUUAUUUGAGCGUCCCCGUUACACAUUUAUAUAAUGCACUUUUUAUUUUUUGAUUAGGCUGGGAUAACCUUGUCGCGAAUAACUACAAACCGGAAGUACAAUGUUGUGGUUGCGUGUAGCUUGACUACAGUCAUGUACAUCUGGCCGCCUGUUCGAGUCUGUUCCUCCUUCUUAACUCAGUAAGUAUGGCGCUCGUGCAGAGUCCCAGCAGCACACGCGCCGUAGGAGCCGGCAGACAGCAUGCGGGCUGAUGUGGAGUACAGCCCGGUGGGCGAGGGGCUGGGGAUGCGGGACUUCUGGCUGUAUGUGUGGAUGCGGAGGGCGGCGGUGAUAGCGGCUCAUGUCACUGGCCUGGGCCUGAGCCUCAUCAUCUCCCUGCUGUCAAGACCCGGAACCAGUCUGUUCUCUUGGCAUCCAGUAUGCAUGUCUGUUGCAUACUGCCUGUGUAUGACUGAAGGCAUCCUCCUCUUCUCAGCUGAAGGAUCCCCCUUCUGCUUCAAGUCUCGGAAGGGUAAAGUCCGUCUCCAUUGGUUCUGCCAGGCUCUGGUCCUGAUAGUUGCGGCUACUGGGCUUGGCUUCAUGGUGGCCAGCAAGAACGUGUCAGAGCGCCCCCACCUGGUCACCUGGCACAGCCUGUUGGGCAUCUGCACAUUGGCAGCCACCCUGAUCCAAGCGGCCUGUGGUGUCUGCGUCAUCUUCCCCAAGCUGCUGCGUCUGACCUUACCUACACAGAGGUUGAAGCUGUACCACGCCACCUGCGGCCUAGUGGUCUACCUGCUGGCCAUGGUGACUGUGAUGUCAGCCAUGUUCUCAGACUGGUUCCAGGCUACCGUUAAAGGGGUGGCAUGGUGGGCCUUCCUCCUGCUGCCCCUCUUUCCUGCCCUGGUGGUGAUGAAUCAGAUCACUAAUGGCUACCUGCCCCGCAAGAAGAUCACCAGCUAGGAGGCACAGAGGAUGAGAUUGUAUUUACACCGUGGCCAUAGUGGAUUGAUGUUGUACUCAGAGGGCCAGACACUCAAAAUCAAAGGCUAAAGCAGCAUUUGAAGAUGAAAUCAUUAAUGCAAACUGCUUUAUAUACUAGUAGUCUCACAGACAGAAGAAGAACAUGAAAAUACAAGUGUCUGUCUUCAAACACAGGUUUCUCAAGGGAAGGCUUGAAGCCUGGAAUCUAGUUUUACUGCUUGCCGCCAUCUGUGUCAGUUACUGGAGCCAGAAAAUCCUGAUUAGGUAAAGGGAUGUGGUCUUGGUGGCACUGAGUCCCAACAUGCAAAACUCAAAACACCACAGUUGAUUUUGAUCAUUUGUGCCCUCUAAUGAUCAAUUUGUAUUCUUGAAUUAAGAAUGCAAUAUGUUUUCAUGAGUUUAUACCUCAUUUUCAACUGUUAUCAUGUUAGUUAUCACAUUUAUUCCAUUUGAUUAAUGAUUGAAGCAAUUUGAGGAAUAAAUUAAUUUGAGGGUACAAAUUACACAUUUUUGGGCAGAAGUUAUUCAUUUGAGGGCACAAAUGACUAAGUUGUGUGCUUCAAAAAUGUCAAAUUUUCAAAAAUGUUACCCCUGAUACCUCUUGAACUUCACACACUUCAAUACACUCAGGAGAGAGCCAGCAUCUAUCAGGCCAGUAGAAUCACUGCAGCUCAAAACAUUUGGUGUCCUCAAGCUGCAACUCCUGUUGAAAUGAGAAACACAAGAGGGAUGACACUAUGCACAGUAUGUGAAUCGCCAUGCUCCAAUGUGCACCACAGGACACAUGGGGUAUGCUCAUCAAUCCGACAAACUGCUGGAGGCAGAGCUGAGCUGGUCUACAUCUCUGCAAUUGAACUACUUUCAUCUGUUGCCUCUCCAGAGGAAUAUUUGCACUACAUAUGCAGUGAAAGCAAAAGAGACUCUUUGUGAAGGGAUAUAAAGCAGCGACUGCUGUUUAGUUAAACACUGAAUGUGUUAGGAGGCAGCUUCUGCAAUGAAGGUGCUGUGGUUGAUUAUAUACCAGCCUGUAAAUUGUAUUUAUUUAUUCAUUUAUGAUAUUUUUGUGUUGUGUCUGUCUUGUCUGCUUACAGGUGCUACAUGGAGCCUUUAGCACUAAAACUCCACAAAUAUACAAUAUUUUUCAUACUUAAAGCGGAUGAAUAUGUGUAAUGCGUACAUGGACAUCUGCAGUGAUGAACCCACAAAGAAUAAUCACAAACCCUGCAGAUUUUGCAAAGCUUUUUUAGCCUCUUUAGCUCAUUGUUUUGGCUUUAUGGCACAUUUACUGUGGAGUCGUCUCAGUACCUUCAUCAGUCAGCAGACGGUUGCCUCAGCAAAAAGCUUUGAUAGAUAGAUCCACCGUCUCCAAAACAGAUGGACAUAGUUAGCUAGCUGGUCAAGACAGUGGAAUAUCUAGCUGCUAAAGACAUUUUUCUCAGGAGUUAAUGGAAACCAGAACAGAUGAGCAGAAAAAUUACUCCAAUUGAAUGCUAAUGUUGCUCUGUCUGCUGGACACAGAGCAACAGUUGCUAACCUGUUAGCUAUAACUGUUAUUCUUUCCUCUGGUGUUCACAAAAAUCAGUUUUGCAGCUUUAAUAGAGAAUGGCCACAAGAAUUAAUACAAUAGUUGUAAACAAAUGACACCAUUGAAUAGAGUAUUGUGAGCUACACUGAGCCUCAUGGUCCAAGUUUUUUUUUUGAUAAGGGCACAUGUAUCAUUACAGAAAGCAAUAAGGUUCAUGGGAAAUGUGCUCUUAAUUAGUACAACAUUAGCAUUAGCAUGAUCGGCGGAACGGUUUCCUCACUGAGGCCUUUAAUUGAUUACACAAAUGAUAUACUAUUGUCAUUGACGUGACAGAUAAACUGUAUGCAGAGCUACAUGUAGCACCUCUGGUUCAUCAACUUUUUGUUUUUUUUCAGUGUGUACAUGUGACAUUUAGCAUUCUGUCUUUUAUGUGGCUAUCUGUUAGCCGUGUUCUUUGUGAUUUUUUGCCUAUGUAAACAGUGAAUGAAUGUGCACUCGCUCUUGUGUUGCUUUGUCAAACAAAGGCAAAGGUACAAGCUUUCCUCUAGCAAAGAUGUCAUCAGUCAGUCCCUCCAGGAACCAAACUAACGCAAAUUAAUCCAAUCCCUUCAUUAAUUGAAAGAGUUUAACACUUUGUCCUGUCCUCUCAAUACCUCUGAAAACAGUCACAUGAGAAGACUUCAAAACUGAACCAAUCACAGCACUUUUCCAUCCAAGUCAGAUCAAGCCAAGGGCAAAUUCAUCAAAACUUGGUCUCAGCAAACCGGCAUCCUUAUAAAUAAGCAUCUGAAGUCAUCUUCCUCGGCAGAGAUUAAGAUCCUGCCCAUUUUUAACCAUCAAACUAAUCAUCUGAUGCACAUGGAGCUUGUUGGGAGAGCUACAGCCUGGAAGCAAGUACUACCUGACAGGCUGAAUUCAGGGCAAAUAAAAGUCCCAGAUAGCACAAAGAAGGUGCUUUGCAGUUUUGCAGAAAAGCAGCUGCAGAUUCUAUUAUUUCAGGCGCAAUAAUCAGGACGACACUCUGGGAGACCCUGGUGGGACAGAUUAACAUGAACUAUUUUUAAAUUCUGGAGCAAACCUGAUGCACAAAGACCGACUGGAUGUACUGAUCCUCCAGCACCUUGUCUCAACUUUGUCUUAAUCACUACUAGGCAGCCCAUACAAAUACAAAUCAGUAGUUUCCUUUUUGACAUAAUACUUAGCUCAUUAUAGAUCAUUGCAUGGCUUUAAGACAGCAAACAUAUUAAGGUUCUUCUAAAGCACUCAUCAAUGUAGAAUGCACUUAAUAAUGGGAAAUUGUAAGAGAAAUCAGGCAAUAUUAGACCUUCUCUGUUUAGUCUGACAUUUUGACUGUUCCUUCAGCUUUUGUUUAUGGUUUUCAAUCUGGUUUCAGAUGGAUGAAAAUCAUUUAAUGCAAUGAAUGUACACAAUUGGAAAGUAUUUUUUUAAUGUUCUUUUUAAGUCAAAAUUUUCUUGAUAAAAUAGUGGAAAGUAAAAUUCCAGAAACUGUGUGAAUUUUCUAAUUAAACUCUCACCUUUUGGAGACCUGUGUAAUCUUUCGCCUUAGAAUUUAUUCUUCCCUUCAUCAAAUGUCAUGAAUAUACUCUGAUAUCCUACUGAGCACAACUCGCUCACAGAUAAAUGUAUUGUUGGUUCAGUUUACUACUCAGGACUUUGCUGUAUGAGCCUGUGCUGUGUGUUAGUGGGAUGAUCAGAGUGGAGGUUGUGAGGUUUGUACUUACCCCAUUCUUGCCAGCAGGUUGCUGCCUGUGAACCUUCUCUAAUAAACAAAUACAUACAUUUGAA